AAAGACAGACAGCAGAGAAACUCAACCGAAGAGAAGCGACUUGUUAAAGAAGAAAAGAGCAGCCUGACAGGACUUUUUUCCGCGACGAGGUGUUUAUUCGUUAUAUUGAAGAAUCUACUCUACGUUUCUUAAAAUCAAGCAUGUCAUCUGCAAAAGGAAUCGCUAUUGGCAUUGACCUGGGCACCACCUACUCCUGUGUGGGGGUGUUUCAGCAUGGAAAAGUGGAGAUCAUCGCCAACGACCAGGGCAAUAGAACAACACCCAGCUAUGUUGCCUUCACAGACACAGAGAGGCUGAUUGGAGACGCAGCUAAAAACCAGGUGGCCAUGAAUCCCAACAACACAGUGUUUGAUGCCAAGAGGCUGAUCGGCAGGAGGUUUGAUGACCCGGUAGUGCAGUCUGACAUGAAGCACUGGUCCUUCAAAGUCGUCAGUGAUGGAGGAAAGCCAAAAGUUGAAGUGGAACACAAAGGAGAGAACAAGACCUUUAAUCCUGAAGAGAUUUCCUCCAUGGUCCUGGUGAAGAUGAAGGAGAUUGCGGAAGCUUACCUGGGGCAGAAGGUGACCAACGCGGUUAUCACAGUUCCUGCCUAUUUCAACGACUCCCAGAGACAGGCCACUAAAGAUGCUGGAGUCAUCGCUGGACUGAAUGUCCUCCGCAUCAUCAACGAGCCCACGGCUGCAGCCAUCGCAUAUGGCCUGGACAAAGGCAAAUCCUCAGAGCGCAACGUGCUGAUCUUUGACCUGGGCGGGGGCACCUUCGAUGUGUCCGUCCUGACCAUUGAAGACGGCAUCUUUGAGGUGAAGGCCACCGCUGGAGACACUCAUCUGGGCGGUGAGGACUUUGACAACCGCAUGGUGAACCACUUUGUGGAAGAGUUCAAGAGGAAGCACAAGAAGGACAUCAGUCAGAACAAGAGGGCCCUGAGGAGGCUGCGAACCGCAUGUGAACGAGCCAAGAGGACGCUCUCAUCCAGCUCUCAGGCCAGCAUUGAGAUCGACUCUCUGUACGAGGGCAUCGACUUCUACACGUCCAUCACCAGAGCUCGGUUCGAGGAGCUCUGCUCUGACCUCUUCAGGGGAACACUCGAUCCUGUGGAGAAAGCACUGAGAGACGCCAAGAUGGACAAGGCUCAGAUCCACGACAUCGUGCUGGUUGGUGGAUCGACAAGAAUCCCAAAGAUCCAGAAGCUUCUGCAGGAUUUCUUCAACGGCAGAGAAUUGAACAAGAGCAUCAACCCAGAUGAAGCGGUGGCUUACGGUGCUGCGGUGCAGGCCGCCAUCCUCAUGGGCGACACUUCUGGAAACGUGCAGGACCUGCUGCUGCUGGACGUGGCCCCGUUGUCUCUGGGUAUCGAGACCGCAGGUGGAGUCAUGACGGCCCUCAUCAAGCGUAACACCACCAUCCCCACCAAACAGACCCAGACCUUCACCACCUACUCCGACAACCAGCCCGGCGUCUUGAUCCAGGUGUACGAGGGAGAAAGAGCCAUGACCAAAGACAACAACCUGCUGGGCAAAUUUGAGCUGACAGGAAUUCCACCUGCACCACGUGGCGUCCCGCAGAUCGAAGUGACCUUCGACAUUGACGCCAACGGGAUCCUAAAUGUGUCGGCGGCGGACAAAAGCACCGGUAAACAGAACAAGAUCACCAUCACCAACGACAAGGGCAGGCUGAGCAAAGAGGAGAUCGAGAGAAUGGUGCAGGAGGCUGACAAGUACAAAGCUGAAGACGAUCUGCAGAGAGAGAAGAUUUCUGCCAAAAAUUCUCUGGAGUCUUACGCCUUCAACAUGAAGAACAGCGUGGAAGACGAGAACCUGAAAGGCAAGAUCAGCGAGGAGGACAAGAAGAGAGUUAUUGAGAAGUGCAAUGAAGCCGUGAGCUGGCUGGAGAACAACCAGCUGGCGGAUAAAGAGGAGUACGAACAUCAGCUGAAGGAGCUGGAGAAAGUCUGCAGUCCAAUCAUCUCUAAACUCUAUCAGGGAGGGAUGCCAGCUGGAGGAUGCGGAGCUCAGGCACGUGGCGCAUCAGGAGCCAGCGCUCAGGGGCCCACCAUUGAAGAGGUGGAUUAAAGUUAUGAACUCGCAUGAAUGUCGUCUGUCAGUCAGAAUCCCCUUAAUGUUUUGAUCAAAGAUAUUUUUACACAACAUUGCUGCUCUUGUAUUUCUGUUGCUAUUUAAUAACCAUUCUCUACUGUAAUUUAUUGAAUGUGUAUAUUGUUAUGUAAAUAAAAGUGUGACUUUUUUAU